CUCUGGGACUUCACAAGGCUCAGGCUGAGCCGACUGGAAUCGUCACCUUUCCUGCAUUCGCUAAACUGUUGCCUGCAAAGGAGGAACCAGGGACUUAACAAAUUCAGGCUGCUUCUAUUCAAAUGUUCAAAAAGGGCAUCUCCACAGCCAGAGACUUCGCAGUGCUCUUUGCAGCUUAGAAGAAACGGGCAUCAGAAACUGCAUUCUGGAGCCAUACUCCAGAGAUGCUCCUGAACAAGUUGUCUGCCGGUGCAAGCUUCAAAGAGGAUAUUUAAAUCGCCAACUGUACUCAUUCUGUGACUCAGGAAAGGAAAACUAAUCUGUUGAAGAAUCCUAACAGUCGAAUUCUCUGAGCCCUGGCCAGUUGUCAGCAUCUCUGAGACCUCCUCCUCCUCCUCCUCCUCCUCCUCCUCCUCCUCCUCCUCCUCCUCCAGCAGGAAUCAGCAGGUGUAACAACACCUUCCCUGCAGCCUACCACAAGGGAUGGCCACAAAACUGUAGACAAUUCAUUUCCUGUGUUCUUAUAUCCUUCAAGCUGGGAAUCUGGCAGGGACAUUACAGUCUCCAGUCUUAGGGAAGACUGACAAAUUCAGGCAUAACGGGUGAAAACUCAGAUAUGCUGAGCCAGAGAUAUCCAAAACCUUUAGCAAACAGUCUCACAGAAGAACCCAAUUAAAUCCACACCAUCAGUCUGCAGAUCUAGGUGAGCUGUAGAUAAAAAGAAGCCUUUUUACAAAAAAAUAAAGCAAAAUUCCUAGGAGAUUCUUGUCUCCAUGCCAGUAUUAUAAAGCAGUUUUACCAUAUUUAUUUUCACCAGUGUAAAAUUGAGAGUGUGAGAAAUUAAUAUAGAUUUAUUUAUUUAUUUAUUUAUCUAUCUAUUUAGCUAAAUGUAUUAAGAAAUUCUAAUAAAACAAUUAGAGAGAGGCCUGCUUGCUGGAGGGAAGGAAAGUGCAACAGUCGGCAACUUAGAAAACCACUGCCUUCUUGCUUAUACACUACUGAUUUUGUUCUGUAGCAGAUUGCUAGGAGGCCACCAAUAGGUUCAGAGACAGGCUAAGGGUCUGUGGAAUGCCUCAAAGGCAAUAGAAAUCAAAUAGAAGCAAAUAUCAACUCAAAUCUUGAGUGAUGACGGAGGUACAUUUUAAGUAUCAUGGAAAUCUCACUGGACGGGCUCAUUUUCCUACUCUGGCAACAGAGGUUGAUACCACUUCAGACAAGUAUUCCAACCUAUACAUGUAUGUAGGAUUAUUCCUGAGUCUCCUGGCCAUUCUUCUCAUCCUGCUCUUCACAAUGCUUCUUCGGCUCAAACAUGUCAUCUCACCCAUCACUGAGAGCACCGAAAGUGUUCCUCAGUUCACAGAUGUAGAGAUGCAAAGCCGAAUUCCCACUCCUUAAAGUCAGGAUAAUGGUGAGACUCAAUGGAUAUGAGCAAGCCCUGGCAUGCUGACACCUAGGGAGGCUUCCUUUCUCACGUGAGACUUCCCAUGUAUCAAGCUGCUUGCUUGUGCUUGACGUUCGUCAUUCUGCCUCUUGACUGUGCUUGUGGGACCUCUAAGAGGCUUAAGAGUCAUUCUUUUAAUGGAAUACAGGAAAUAGCAGCUGGCUGGGCUGGCAGGUUUCCAUAGUAACUAGAGAGCCUGAGCCUUGAACAAAUCUCAAACCACAGAAAUUCAUAAGCAACAGACGUUAAAACGCAAGCUCCCUGGAAGCUGCAACCGUGGACAAGACUUUACCUUUGAAUGUGUGAGAACGCCUCCCCCAGAAAAAUGACAGGCUUUAAUUUAUUACCUUAGCCCUAAAGAAUCGCUUCAUACACAACACAGACAUCUCCUGACAUGGAGCUAAAUCAUGUCCCAGGUGAAUGGUAAGGAUUGUUCAUCUUGCCUCAAAAGAGCAUCAGGUGUCUUCAAAAUGUAAGCAGAUAUUUAAAGAACUUGCUACAAUUUAAAGAGAAAUUUUGCUGAAAAUUUCUGGUGAAAAAAGGUGUAUAUUGUGUGUGUGUUGUUACUAGGAUUGAACUUUUAAAAACUCAGAUAAUGGCAGGGGUAUUACUACAAUCUGAGACACAGAGCUGCCUCCAAAUCAAGGAAAAAUUAAGUCAAACUGUUCUCAUGAUAAGGAUGUCUACAUUGCACAUGCAGCUUCUUUUUGCCCUCCCAGGAUUGAGUUGCACAUGAAUAUGAACUUGAUUUGAAGACGGACUUGGCAAAGAAAACACAAGUGUAUUUCAAAGCAGAAAUGAAAUGGUCUUGGGAUUCUGUUACUGUAUGGCUGUGACUUUGACUGAAGCCUGCCAGCAUUCUGGGUCUCAAGUUUUUCUUGUUGAAAACUGUUCAGAGAGCUAUUUCAUUGUCAGUUUUUAGAUAUGAGCAUGAGACAAACUGAAAAGAAGGGAGAUAGGACUAAAAGUUACCCUGCAAUAGAUUAUAAGAUCAAUGUCCUCAAAUAUCACAUUUGUCUUUCCCAGAAAAUGUUCCCCCCUUCCUAAUCCCUGCCAAAAACUGAAGUGUUUUGCUUAUUAUCUAUAAGAGAAAUAUAUUUUGAAAUUUUCCAUCCUCAUGAGUAGCUCUAGUGUGCCAAUAGUAGAAAAUUUAAUUUAAAAAAAAAAAACUUGACUUUCCAAAGUGAAACCAAAAGAGAUGAGUGACGUUUACAAAUUAGAUAUUGCAAAAUUGGUCAUAGUUUUAUCACCAAAGAAAUGGUAUACCUGUCUUAGAUUUUGCCUGCACACACACACACACACACACACACACACACACACACAAAUGAGCUGCCCCUUGUAAUUAAAGCAUGGUCAUCAAAUUUCAUGGAAUGCCCCUUGGGGACUGGAUGUGAAAAUUCAUGGCACCCGUGCCAGGCAUAUAUCUUUUUAGUCUGUAGCCAAUUUAGAUUGGCCCCUUUACUGUGAUCUAAAUCUAGCAUGGUGGUGAAAUUUCCAAGUGCAUGCUACUUUUAUACACAGUCAUUUGCCAAUGCUCUCCUCUCCAAGGGGCUGCACAGGGUAAAAUCCCCACAUGCAGAACUAAACUUAGCAGCUAGGCUGACUGCCACACCUGUUACAACUGUGCACCAUCAGAGAUAGCAGCUGCAUUCUGCACGAUUCAUAAGAAAUUAGCAGGUAGGCUAAGACUUGGAUAGGACUUUGGGCUUUAUAUUUUACCACAUGCAAAGUCACUCUUACAGGGAUACAGAUUGGUAGGUUAAGUUGUGUCUCUAUCAAUACUUAGACUCCGUGGACUUUUACAAUGUUUUAUGUUUAACUCUACAUGGGCUUUCCCCAGGACUGGCAAUAUAGCCAAGAACUUGAGGACACAGGUAUCCCCUCAUUCCAGGUUCUCCUUUUGGUGCCCACAGUAUUCGAAUGCACUUUACAGUAGAGAAGUCAGUGACUGGAAAAUAUUGGAUCUGGUUACACUUCCAAUAACAGUGAACAGCAAGGUCCUCAAUGCCUUGCUGAAGCUGAUAAAGAUGCAGCCUGUGCAUUACCUAACCACCCCAACCUAAACUUCAGAAUAUUAAAACUGCUUUGGAAAUACGACAUUAGGUGAUGACUCCUAAUUUAUGAUCACAUUGCUCACGAAGAAAACAACCACCCGCUUUCAUCACAGCAACCCCUACGGGAUCCAGAGCUUAACUUAGCAUUAACCAUGGCACACAGCAGCAAUUACAUCAAAAUAGCAACAUAAUCCACCACGGUUUCAAGUGAUAUAACAUAAAUGGAAAUGCAUUUAAGCAGAUGUGUCAUUAUGAUAACUCACAUGGGAUUUAUUCUUUAGGAAAAUAAACGGAAUGCUUUCAUGACAGCAAAGGAAAAAAUAUCUCUAUUUCUAUUCAAGUAUAUUACAUCCUCAAAUGUAUUAAUUAGCAUAUUAUUGCUUUAAAAAUCAGCUAUAGUAAUCAGUGUGCAUAAUUUAAAUGUAUUUUUCUGUGCAAAAUACAGACUUGACAAUUCCCUGCCCCACCCUGUUCUCCCUCAAAUUGCAUAUUAUCUGCAAGAGUUAGGUCAUUUACAUGUAUUCUAUUUUAAGAAAGAAUCUUCACUUUAUUGGACCAUAUGUAUAUUAAAAUGCUCACAUAUCAAGAAUUUCCAGGAAUUUAGCCUAACACAAACACCACCUGAAAUUUUCAAAUAAAAUACAAUAUUAAUAUGGGCACUACUAAAGAUGUACAUUGCAUAUAUUUCAGGAUCGCUAAUCAUAUGAAACAAGGCAUAUUGUAAAGGGUUAUGGAUUAUAUACUGAACAACAAAUACUAAUGUUAAGCAAGUAAAGAUGGGUUUAUCCAAUCUAACCUUUCUAUUGAUACCAAAUCCAAAAUUUUGGACUUCGGUAACCAAUUUUGAAUGUGCAGAUCCCACAAUACUUAUAAGUAGGUAGAAGAGGUCCAUUUAAUACAUUUAAAUAAUUAUAUUAAGUAAUACAUUUUAUUCACCCACAUUCAUACAAGGUAACUUUGGUUUGCUUUUUUUUUUUUUUUUUUUUUUUUUUUUUACAAAAAUGAAGAGUUGUGUGGGGAAGUUGGGAUUUCUUUGGUUUUAACUCGUUUAUAUUUGAAUUAGAUUCACAUUGUAUUAAAAUGCAAUCAGCUUUAUAUUAAUAUUCAGCAUGUCGCUUUGAUCCCUGGAUAAUAAAUGCUGACUCUUUUGUUUGCUGAUAACAAAUGUCUGUCCUCUGAAGAUGUAAAUGGCAUUGCAUUAGCUUCUUUAUUGCAAUAUAAAUUAUGAUAACUG